AUGAUAGAUCUAAACAGGAGACACCGGUACAAAUAUAUAGCUUUGUUGGAACCUUUUCAAGAGCCACGAGAGUUAGAACAAUAUAAAAGAAGAUUGGGAUUUCAAAAUGCUUUUUGUAAGUGUUCAGCCAAGAUAUGGAUAUUUUGGGAUGAUGAUUGGAUAUGGGAGGUGGUAAGAGAUAUUGUUCAACAUCUUUCCAUGAGGUUUGAAGCUGGAAAUGUUCAGUUCAUGGUUAUAGCAGUUUAUGUGAGGUGCAAUGCUUUGGAGAGAUUAGAGUUGUUGGAGGAGCUAGAGGAGUUAGCCGGAAAAAAUCAUCCAUGGCUUGCUGGAGGGGAUUUUAAUAUUAUUCUGAAUGAAGAAGAGAAGCAAGGGGGCAGAGAGUUUACAACCUAUGAAGCGAUGGAUUUCCAACAGUGUAUUAAUAAUUGUGCAUUGUCAAAGGUUAGAGCUAUGGGGAGUAAAUUCACCUGGUGGAAUGGCAGGGUAAAAGGAGAUUGUAUUUUCAAAAAGUUGGAUAGGGUUCUAUGUAAUCAGGAAUUUGAACAACUUUAUCCUAGCAGCAAAGUACAACACUUGAUAAGGCAAGGAUCAGAUCAUGCGCCUUUGCAUUUGAUAUGUAACUCGGAGGAGUAA